CACCCCUUCCUUUCUUCUUUCUCCUUUUAUAAAUAAUCUCCUCUGACUUCCACCAAAACCCCACAACUCCCUCCACGUCUUUCCCUCUAUCUUUCUCUUUCUCUCUCAGUGUUUGAUUCCGGGAAGUCUUCGCGAUGUCUGUGCCGGCGACCACCGUGGUACCACCGUUGACUGAUGAACUCGACAUCGUCAUUCCGACGAUCAGGAACCUCGACUUUCUGGAACAGUGGAGAUCCUUCUUCCAGCCUUACCAUUUGAUCAUCGUUCAAGACGGAGAUCCGACCAAAAAAAUCCACGUUCCAGAAGGCUUCGAUUACGAGCUCUACAACCGAAACGACAUCAAUCGGAUCUUAGGUCCGAAAGCCAGUUGCAUUUCCUUCAAGGAUUCCGCUUGUCGCUGCUUCGGAUUUCUCGUCUCCAAGAAGAAAUACAUCUUCACCAUUGACGACGACUGCUUCGUUGCGAAGGAUCCAUCGGGGCAAGAGAUCAACGCAUUAGCACAGCACAUUCACAACCUGUUAUCGCCAUCAACGCCGUUCUUCUUCAACACAUUGUACGAUCCAUACAGAGAAGGUGCAGAUUUCGUGAGGGGAUACCCGUUCAGUUUACGUGAAGGCGUAACCACCGCGAUCUCCCAUGGACUCUGGCUCAACAUCCCCGACUACGACGCGCCAACUCAGCUCGUGAAGCCACGCGAGCGUAACACCAGGUACGUCGACGCUGUGUUAACCAUCCCUAAAGGAACUCUGUUCCCGAUGUGCGGAAUGAACCUAGGGUUCCACCGUGAUCUCAUCGGACCGGCGAUGUACUUCGGACUCAUGGGCGAUGGUCAGCCGAUUGGGAGGUACGACGAUAUGUGGGCGGGGUGGUGUGCGAAGGUGAUUUGUGAUCAUUUAGGGCUCGGAGUGAAAACUGGAUUACCUUAUAUCUGGCAUAGUAAAGCGAGUAAUCCUUUUGUUAACUUGAAGAAGGAAUACAAGGGGAUUUAUUGGCAAGAAGAGAUUAUUCCGUUUUUUCAAUCUGUUGUUUUGCCUAAAGAGUGUACAACUCCACAGAAAUGUUAUUUGGAGCUUUCGAAGCUUGUGAAGGAGAAGCUUUCACCUGUUGAUCCUUACUUUGAGAAGCUUGCAGGCGAAAUGGUGACAUGGAUUGAAGCUUGGAAUGAGCUUAAUCCAUCCACUGAUGCAACAGCAACAGCAACAACAACAACAGAUGCAGUUCCUAAAAAGAAGUAA